UAAUGAAUGUAACCGAAGAAGUUACAACUCAUAGACCCAACGUCUUUCUAGUGCCUUCAUCAGGGUUGAUCUAAACGCUGCAACAAGGAACUUUCCACGGCAAACAGGAAAGACAAGAUGUGCUUACUAAGCGCCCAAAAAAAUCAACAUUUUACGUACGAGACCCUCUGAAAAACAAUGGCUAAAAGCAGCUAUUAGGGAUUGUCAGGUUAAUAGCUUGCCAAGAAGCGUGACAGUCAUAGCAAGUAAUUAACUUGUUAAAUCGUGUUGUUUAUUAACAAGCGGCCACAAAAUCUCGAUAUAAACAAGGGAGUUCGUGUUGGGGGCAUCAGCGAAUCGAGAUGGGAGUGAAAGGAUUGUGGGAAUUAAUAAAACCGGCAGGAAAGCCUGUUACAAUAGAGACCCUUCAGAACAAGACUAUCGGAGUUGAUGUUAGUUUGCUGCUGAAUCAGUCUGUUAAGGGAAUGCGGGGCAGGCAUGGUAAUCCUUUGGCCACAGCACACAUGGCAGGAUUGUUUUCCACAACCUGCAAGCUGCUGUCUCAUAGAAUAAAACCAAUAUUUGUAUUUGAUGGUGCAGCCCCAGAACUCAAGGAUAAGACUCUGGCUGCAAGAAGAGAUCAAAGGUUUAAGGCUGUGCAUAAGUCAAAGAGUGUUGCAGAGAAAAUGUUGAAAAAUAAAUUACGUUGUGAAGAUAUCAAAAAAGUCAUUAAACAAGAAAGCACAAGUACAGCUCUGGCCAGUGUAAACCUGAUGAAGCAGGGUGCAUUUGAACCAAAACAUACUCCACUGCCUUCAGAUGCACUGGUAUCAUAUAUGAAAAGGUGAGAGUUUGUAAGUAUG